UCAACUGUCACUUUCCGAAAAUUACUGCUGUUACAGUGUACUCGAAGCAUAAACAGUACGAUCCCGGCAUACAGUUACACGAAACAUUUUGCCGAAGAACAUCGAGCAUCAUCUAGUGUCAGAUUUAGAAACAUGAAUGGAAGUUCAAAUCAAAACAUGUCGCACGUCCGGUCUGGUAUUUGCCGAAAACUUCAUUUUUGCAUGGUGUGCGGAAAAGCAUACUGUCGGAAAAUAGAACUGGACAUGCAUCUCUUCUGUCAUUCUGUUCCGCUUCUGUCACCGGAAAACCUAUGGCGACGCCAUGUGACGGAUCUGAUGACGCAAUGUCCGUGCUGUUCGAGAGGAUUUUGCAGACGACAGGAUCUAAUACAUCACAUGGACGGUGAAGGCAACUGCACAGGCAACUGCACGAGAGAGAAAUCAACUUUCACGCCGAAAACAGAAAAGGCAGAGAACAGUUAUUGUACAGAUUUAUUGAACUUAGAAAACUGUAUGCAAAAACCAAUGCCAUGUCAAAUGACAGAUAGGCAUGUAAAUGAAUUAGGUAAAAGUUCAAGAAAGUUGGACAGACAGUGCGCCAUAGUGCAGAGAUUUUUAGAUGCAGAAAAACGGACUCCAUUUGCUGAAAUUGAAAGCGAUGAAAACAACAACACGGCAAGUUUUAGAAAACGUGGUCGUCCCAAGAAUAAUGUUCGAAGUAAAGACAUGGAAAGUAUAUCUAGAGAGUCGUCGAUCUCACCAGGUAGACAUUUGGAGAAACGGGGCAAAAAAUACUUUCAGUGUCAACAAUGUUAUCGAGUGUUUAAUAACAAGACAAAUUUGAUUAUCCACGCAAGAAUUCAUACCGACACCAGGCCGUACAAUUGUAAAUUUUGUCACAAGUCGUUUCGCCAGUUGUCACAUGUACGCUGUCACGAGCGUCGUCACACAAUGGACGAACCCUAUUCCUGUGAAGUCUGCAGCAAAAGAUUCAAGCAACCUUCCGGGUUAUUUAUUCACUGUAAGAAAAAUCAUGUGUAAAAGAUGUUAAGCAUUGGAUCCUGACGGAUUGAAUUAGAGACACUUUUUUCAUUUAUCGUUAUUAAAAUUGCAUGUCACUAAAAACAAUUAAUAUUGCAA